AUCCAGCCUCUGAUUUAUUUCCUUCCCCUCCCCGGCCGCACUUUUGAGCAGCGGCCGAAAGAAGCCGGGCGUCAGUCCGGAGUCUCCUGUUCUCCCCUCCCCCCUUGCCUUUCUUUGCCCUAGUGACGCCGGCGUAGCGCCGACUAGGCCCCGGCUCCUCCUCUGCUGGGCCCCGGACCCUGCCCCGCACCCACCCCUUUCUCCUACGCCUCUUCCUUUCCCACCCGGGUCUCUUCCUUUCGAGAGGCCGGGAAGUCACAGUUGGAGCCACCCCUCCGCUCUUCCCGGCACCCUCGCCCCCUCUUCGGGCCGAAGCUCGGCAUAGAGGCUGUCGGUGGCUCUGCCGCCCCACCCACCCCGGAUCGCGACCGUUUUUGAGGGACUUGGACUCGUCAGGGUCUCUGCGGGGCCUGUGCGAGUGCUGAUCUGCUCCGUUUUUGCAAAAGGCGCCUGUGUCUGGCAGAGCCGGUGUGAGACCAAGAGACAAUCCUUCCCAGCCGCCGGGAUAAUCAAGAGUUUUGGCCGGAACUUUGAACACACACCGAGAUAGUGAGGAGCCAGACGAAAAGCACAGACUAUGGCGCUGAAACGGAUUAAUAAGGAACUUAGUGAUUUGGCCCGUGACCCUCCAGCACAAUGUUCUGCAGGUCCAGUUGGGGAUGAUAUGUUUCAUUGGCAAGCCACAAUUAUGGGACCUAAUGACAGCCCAUAUCAAGGUGGUGUAUUCUUUUUGACAAUUCAUUUUCCUACAGACUACCCCUUCAAACCACCUAAGGUUGCAUUUACAACAAGAAUUUAUCAUCCAAAUAUUAACAGUAAUGGCAGCAUUUGUCUCGAUAUUCUAAGAUCACAGUGGUCUCCUGCUUUAACUAUUUCUAAAGUUCUUUUAUCCAUUUGUUCACUGCUAUGUGAUCCAAACCCAGAUGACCCCCUAGUGCCAGAGAUUGCACGGAUCUAUAAAACAGACAGAGAUAAGUACAAUAGGUUAGCAAGAGAGUGGACAGAGAAAUACGCUAUGUUGUAGGGUACAACAGAAUAUCUCGGGAAUGGACUCAGAAGUAUGCCAUGUGAUGCUACCUUAAAGUCAGAAUAACCUGCAUUAUAGCUGGAAUAAACUUUAAAUUACUGUUCCUUUUUUGAUUUUCUUAUCCGGCUGCUCCCCUAUCAGACCUCAUCUUUUUUAAUUUUAUUUUUUGUUUACCUCCCUCCAUUCAUUCACAUGCUCAUCUGAGAAGACUUAAGUUCUUCCAGCUUUGGACAAUAACUGCUUUUAGAAACUGUAAAGUAGUUACAAGAGAACAGUUGCCCAAGAUUCAGAAUUUUUUAAAAAAAUGGAGCAUGUGUAUUAUGUGGCCAAUGUCUUCACUCUAACUUGGUUAUGAGACUAAAACCAUUCCUCACUGCUCUAACAUGCUGAAGAAUCAUCAGAGGGGGAGGGAGAUGGAUGCUCAGUUGCCACAUCAAGGGAAGCAGCAUUAUUCUAGCAGCAUCCAUUCUUGUGUAAGCCUUCCACUGUUAGAGAUUUGAGGUUACAUGAUAUACUUUAUGCUCAUAACUGAUGUGGCUGGAGAAUUGGUAUUGAAUUUAUAGCAUCAGCAGAACAGAAAAUGUGAUGUAUUUUAUGCAUGUCAAUAAAGGAAUGACCUGUUCUUGUUCUACAGAGAAUGGAAAUUGGAAGUCAAACACCCUUUGUAUUCCAAAAUAGGGUCUCAAACAUUUUGUAAUUUUCAUUUAAAUUGUUAGGAGGCUUGGAGCUAUUAGUUAAUCUAUCUUCCAAUACACUGUUUAAUAUAGCACUGAAUAAAUGAUGCAAGUUGUCAAUGGAUGAGUGAUCAACUAAUAGCUCUGCUAGUAAUUGAUUUAUUUUUCUUCAAUAAAGUUGCAUAAACCAAUGAGUUAGCUGCCUGGAUUAAUCAGUAUGGGAAACAAUCUUUUGUAAAUGCAAAGCUGUUUUUUGUAUAUACUGUUGGGAUUUGCUUCAUUGUUUGACAUCAAAUGAUGAUGUAAAGUUCUAGAGAGUGAAUAUUUUGCCAUGUUCAGUUAAAAGUGUGCAGUCUGUUACAGGUUGACACAUUGAUUGACCUGAUUUAUGCAGAAUUAAUAAGCUAUUCAGAUAGUGUAGCUUUAGUAUGCUGCACAUGAUACUGGCAGCCCGGGAGUUCAUUGAUGGACUUGGGACCCAGCAGUUUUGAAAAGUGUAUAUGGAGUUUAAGAAAUUUAUUUUCCAGGUGCAACCCCUAUCUAACUAAAUUUUUUCUUCACGUUGUACACUUGACAGCUGAAAAAACCAUAACAUGGGAGUAAUAAUGGGUCAAAAUUUACAAAAUAAAGUACUGUUUUGGUGUGGGAGUUGUCAUAAGGCUAUGUUGAAGUGACUUAACUAUGUGGGAUAUUGAGGUUUUUUUUUUUUUAAUGGAGUGAGUAUCCAUUAAAAUGAAUUUGUUCAGCCAUUUACAUUAAUGAGCAUUUAAAUGCAACAGAUAUCAUUUCAGGUGACUUAACAUGAAUGAAUAAAAGUCAAUGCUAUUGGAUUAUUUUUUGUUUGACAAGUGCUAUCUGUGCCACUUAUUUAACUUCUGUAGUAACAAGGGCAUUAUCAUUCUUCACCCUUCCUAAUUCUGACCCUAUAGUUUUAUUACUUUUUCCUAGUUAUUUUGAUUUGUCCAUUGCUUUCUUACAGUCCUGUAUUCAAUUUCUAGCACAUCUGUGACUUUUCCACUUCCACAUUUUUGCACUGCUUACACUUAUGUGCAAUCUUAUUCCUUGUCUGCGCACAGAUGUGGAAAGUUAGAUAUAAAAUAAAUGUUAAAGCUUGAUUUUUAUAAACAUUUUAAUAUGUAGUUUGGACAUGAUUUAUUGACUUAAGGUUCUUCUCUAAACUGAAAGUGAAAUGCAUGCCUUCCGAAGAUGUUUUGGCUUUGUUAAUUCUGUAAUAAGCAUUUCAUUGAGAAAUAUCAAUCCAGUUAUACAAUUUUCCAAUGAGUGAAUUUUUCGUUUUAUCUUUUGCUUUAAAAACAACUCAAGGGUAGAUGUCAUACUGUUAAAACUGUUGGAUUCAAAGUACAAAUGAGAAAUUAGUAACAUACCUCUCCACAAGGUAAGAAACUUUCUUUGGCUCUAUUUUUAGAAUAAAUACUGAGAUUCCCUCAAAAUAACAGCUUUUAUAGUAGGCAUAUCAUUUCUUAAAAGCCAACCACGAAUAAAACAUACUUGUCAGAGCUUCUGGAUUCCUAAUUGGCUUUCAAAUUGACCUUUUUAGCCAUAGACAGCCCUUAAGUGUUUAUAGAGAUGACUUCCUUAAACUAUUGUCAUAAUGAUUAGUAGAUGUGUCCAGUUCUCUGUAUCUUUGACUUGAUGCUUUCUAUAUUUCGUAUGUCACUUCUAAGGGAAUAAGCCAUAAAGGCUUCUCCAGGUUUAAGAGAACAGUAAAGUACCUGGAAAACCAACAUUUUUGAAUGUAUGAACACUGGACUUGAGAUCAUCUGCAAUGAAACCUUCAAAAGAAUCCAAGAAUUUGUCCUCCCCCCCCCAUAUAUAUUACUAGUGCCAUGUAUAGGACUGAAGUGAUCGUUAGAUUAAAAAUUGAUUUUGGUUC